UUACAUCCCAUUCUCUCCUUCACAGUCUCAUCCAUUCAGGCAGCACUAAGAUAACCGCAAAGGAGAGGGAGAAACAAUGGAGGGCAGAGAAGAAGACGUGAGGGUGGGAGCGAAUCGUUACACAGAGGGGCAAGCCAUCGGGACGUCCGCCUCGACCCUCAGAGAAGAGAAGGACUACCAAGAGCCACCGCCCGCCCCAUUGUUCGAGGCAGCGGAGCUAUCGUCGUGGUCGUUCUUCCGGGCGGGUAUAGCAGAGUUUGUGGCGACUUUCUUGUUCCUCUACGUGACGGUGCUCACGGUGAUGGGCGUGGAGAGAUCUAGCAACAAGUGUGCGACCGUGGGGGUCCAAGGCAUCGCUUGGGCCUUUGGUGGCAUGAUGUUCGCUCUGGUGUAUUCUACUGCUGGCAUUUCAGGAGGGCACAUUAAUCCGGCCGUGACUUUUGGCCUGCUAUUGGCGCGGAAGCUGUCGCUCGUCAGGGCGAUGUGGUACGUGCUAAUGCAGUGCAUGGGAGCCGCGUGCGGCGCCUUGGUGGUGAAGAGCUUCCAAAAGAGCCAGUUCGAGAGGCUCGGCGGUGGCGCCAACACCGUGAGCUCCGGCUACACCAGGGGCGACGCGCUUGGGGCCGAGAUCCUGGGCACCUUCUUCCUUGUCUACACCGUGUUCUCCGCCACGGACGCAAAGCGCAGCGCCCGCGACUCCCACGUCCCUGUAUUGGCACCGUUGCCCAUUGGAUUUGCAGUAUUCUUAGUGCACUUGGCCACGAUUCCCAUAACCGGGACCGGCAUCAACCCGGCCAGGAGUUUCGGGGCAGCCCUCAUCUAUGACAGGGCGCAAGCUUGGGAUGACCAUUGGAUAUUUUGGGUCGGGCCAUUCACCGGAGCGGCACUCGCGGCGAUGUACCAUCAGCUGGUGAUGAGGAACGUUUUCUUCAAGUCCAACUUUUUCAAAUCCAAAUACAUCGUUUGAAUCUGACAAAAAAAGGGUGCUUUUGAAUGGUGUGUUAUAAUGUAUAUGAAGUGAUGUAUUCCUAACUAAGUGUAUUCACAUGGGUAUCGGGCGGGUGAGAUGUGAGGAGUGUGGUUGCAUAAACCCCCUCUCCCCGCCCCACUCUUAAAGUUCAAUAAAAUUCGUGGAUGAUUAUGUUGUUGAGAAAA